AUGAAAACCAUAAUUCUUCUUGGGCUACUGGGAGCCACAAUGUCAGCCCCACUUAUCCCACAGCACCUGAUGUCUGCAAGCAACAGCAAUGAGUUACUUCUGAGUCUUAAUAAUGCUCAACUUCAGCCCCUACAGCUUCAGGGCCCAUUUAAUUUAUGGAUCCCUCCUUUCUCUGGGAUCCUGCAACAGCAGCAGCAAGCUCAAAUUCCGGGGCUCUCUCAGUUCUCUUUACCAGCUCUUGACUGGUUUGCUGGACUGCUCCCCAAUCAGGUACCUUUCCCAGGACGGGUCAGUUUUGCCCAAGGAACCCAGGUGGGACAGCUGGACGCCUCACAGCCUCAAACACCACCGCAGACCCAGCAGGGCCCUAAUCACCCAGCAGGAGGAGUGAUACCAUAUCUACAAAAAGAAGUGAUAAACUUUAAACAUGCCAGUGGAGGAAUUUUCAUUCCUUCAACUUCACAAAAAUCCAGUACUACAAAUUCUUUUGCUCCUGCUAUCGACCCAACUAUUACCCCAGAGUUGAUGGAAAAGAAGGCCAAGACUGAUUACUUAAAGGAACCGUAA